GGAGGAUCUAAUUGCUUUAUUCCAUAACACCCUUCGCGGGCAGUUUCGUUUUUGGCCACGCCUGAGGUUAUACUAUGAGUGAAGAUACAGAAAUCGAUACAAAUUACCAUGAGGUGGUUGAUAGCUUCGACAAAAUGGGCUUGAAGCCCGAACUGCUUCGCGGGAUUUACGGUUAUGGUUACGAACGGCCAUCUGCUAUCCAGCAGCGUGCUAUCAAACCGGCCAUUGAAGGGCGUGAUGUAAUCGCUCAGGCUCAAUCUGGAACGGGAAAAACCGCGACAUUCGCCAUAAGCCUUCUGCAGAGAGCCGAUUUGACCUCUAACCAGUGUCAAGCCUUGGUUCUUGCCCCAACGCGUGAACUCGCACGACAGAUUAAACUUGUGGUGCAGCGUAUAGGGACGUAUAUGAAUGUGAGGUGUCAUACAUGUAUUGGUGGCAUGAGUGUGAUGCAGGAUGUUGCAACUUUACAAGAAGGUCAGCACGUUGUUGUCGGGACACCAGGUCGUGUGUUUGACAUGAUGAAUCGACGCGUCCUGACCACAUCUGCGAUCAAGAUUUUUGUCCUCGAUGAAGCAGACGAGAUGUUGUCGCGUGGUUUUGCCGAGCAGAUCAAGGAUAUCUACCGGUUUCUGCCGGAUGAUGCUCAGAUUAUGCUCUUGUCGGCUACCAUGCCACGAGACAUGCUGGAAGUCACAAAGAACAUCAUGAAAGAUCCUGUGAAGAUUUUGGUGAAGAAGGAAGAGCUAACACUGGAUGGCAUCAAGCAGUUCUACAUUAACGAGGAACGUGAUCGCGUCAUGAGUGAAUAUCGCAGUGGCACCUCGCGAAUCCUGCUGUCCACAGAUGUGUUAGCCCGCGGUAUCGAUGUGCAACAAGUCUCCCUUGUUGUCAACUAUGAUCUUCCAAGUAACCGCGAGACUUAUAUUCACAGGAUAGGUCGUGGUGGACGUUUCGGUCGUAAGGGUACUGCAAUCAACUUUGUCACGCAGUCAGAGAUGGACGUCCUUUGUGAUUUGAUGAAGUAUUACAACACGGAAAUUGUCGAGAUGCCUGAUGAGAUUGCUGACUUCCUGUAAUUACUUGAUCAACUCACCGAUACAAAAAGCGACCCCUACUUGAACUGUUCCGGUUACUCUGUGCAUCUCUGUCUCUGCUGUCCUGAGUGAACAGUAAAACAACUCCAACUUGUGAAUUGUCGGUUCCCCUCAUUGUGUUCUAUUUUUCCACAUCCUAACUCUGCAUAGGUUCUGCUCUAUUUCUACUGCCUGCUGCUCUAUCUUAAUUCUCGGUCACAUCGUGCCGAUUUUGGUUGUUCCUAUUGUUAGACUGAUGUACCGCAACAACGCGCUUGUCUCCAUCCCACGCAGGCAUACUCAGUUCCGAUAUUUACAUUUCCAGAUGCAUCCGGUUUUUUUCAGGAUAUGUCUCUGCUUUUCCUUCUCUCUAGUGUGUCGGCGACGAUCCUAUUGUGCACCACGCUCCUCACACCCGGAACACACCUCUGAACAUACAUUUAUUUGGAAGAAAUGCUGCGCUA